AUGACAACAUUUCACUGGGACUGCAAAAUGGGAGCUGUCUUUUGCUUAAUUUUUGUAAACAUUUGGCAAGUUGUUACUGGGCAGAUUCACUACUCCAUGCCUGAAGAAACAGAAAAAGGUUAUUUGGUGGGGAACAUCGCGAAAGACCUGAAGCUGGAAAUAAAGGAGCUCUCACACCGUGGAGUCCACAUUUUCUCCUCAGGUAGGACCCAGCAUUUUGCUUUAAAUUACAAGAGUGGCCAUAUGUAUUCCACAGAGAGGAUAGACAGAGAGGAGAUCUGUGGACGGGUGGAAAAGUGUCUCCUGGAUUUUGAGAUUAUAGUUGGGGAUUCAAUGAAAGUUUAUGGAGUCAGAGUGGAAAUUACAGAUAUUAAUGAUAAUGCUCCCAGAUUUCAUUCAGAGAAAAUGAAGCUCAAAAUCAGCGAGUCAACUCCAACAGGAUCCCUAUUUCCACUGUAUGAAGCUCAGGAUCCUGAUUUAGGGAAUAAUUCUCUUCAAGGUUACAAGCUCAGUAGCAAUACCCAUUUUUCCCUCAACAUGGAAACAACAGUGGAUGGCAGGCAAUAUGCUGAAUUACUGCUGGAAAAGCCCCUCGACCGUGAAAAAGAAACUGAUCAUAAUCUGGUACUCACAGCGUAUGACGGGGGAAUUCCUCUCAGGACUGGGACUUUGCAGGUUCAUGUGAUUGUUCUGGAUGCUAAUGACAACCCACCUGUUUUUAACCAACGUAUCUAUGAAGUCUGUGUUGAAGAAGAUAUUUCUAUAGGAAGCACAGUGGUUACAUUAAAAGCCACUGACCUGGAUGAAGGGAUAAACAAAGAACUGAAGUAUUCAUUAAUGAAAAUCACAGCAAAAGCUUCGCAAAUAUUUCACCUAGACUCUAACACAGGGGAAAUAAUUCUUGCAGGAAAUUUAGACUAUGAAGACUCUACACAAUAUGAAAUGGAAGCCCAGGUCCAUGACGGUGGAGAGUUGUUUGACAAGUCAAAAGUUGUGAUAUUUGUUACUGAUGUGAAUGAUAAUGCACCAGAAGUGAUAAUAACCUCUGUCAUCAACUCAGUCCCUGAGAAUUCUCCACCAGGGACUGCAAUAGCGCUCUUAAAUGUGCGAGAUCAGGAUUCAUCCAACAAUGCAGAAGUUGUAUGUUCAGUUCCCAAUAACCUCCCUUUCCAACUGACAACAUCCUAUGGUAGUUACUAUAGUUUGGUAACCAACAGAGCCCUGGACCGGGAACAAGUGACAACUUACAACAUCACAAUCACAGCCACAGACCAUGGGACACCCUCACUUUCUACUUCCAUUAUCAUUCCACUCCUAAUUUUAGACAUAAAUGACAACCCUCCCCUCUUCCCCCAAUCCUCCUACAUUUCCUACCUCAUCGAGAAUAAUCAAAGAGGUGCUUCUGUCUUCUCACUCAAGGCAAAUGAUCCAGACUGGGAAGAGAACGCCAGAAUAAUGUAUUCCAUUAUAAAAAGUCAGAUGGCUGAUUUUCCCCUUUCUUCCUUACUUUCCAUUAAUUCUGAAACUGGGAUUAUUUAUGCCUUGACCGCCUUUGAUUAUGAACAGUUCAGAGAAAUUAACUUCCUAGUCAAGGCCCAAGAUGGAGGAUCCCCAUCACUCAGCUCCAAUGUUUCAGUGACUCUUUUCAUUCUGGAUCAGAAUGAUAACACCCCAGAAAUCCUGUACCCUUCUGUCCCUACUGAUGGCUCCACUGGAGUUGAGCUGGCUCCUCACUCUUCUGAGCCUGGCUACCUGGUCACUAAGGUGGUGGCAGUGGAUGCAGACUCUGGCCAGAAUGCCUGGCUCUCCUAUCAGCUACUCAAGGCCACAGAGCCAGGGCUCUUCUCCAUAGGACUCCACACUGGAGAGAUCAGGACGACCCGCUUCUUUCUGGACAAGGACGCUCUCAGGCAAAGCCUGGUGGUUUUAGUGAAGGACAAUGGGCAGCCCCCUCUGUCUGCCUCAGUCACGGUCACUGUGGUGUUGGCCGACAGCAUCCCUGAAAGCCUCUCUGAUAUUAGCAGCAUCUCAGCUCCUGCAGACCCCCAGUCGGACCUCCCUUUUUAUCUGGUGGUUGCUGUGGCUUUUGUCUCCUGCUUGUUUUUCAUCUUCCUCCUUGUGUUGUUGGCACUCAGACUUCGCAGGUGGAGGAAUUCUCAGUUGUAUGAUUCUGGGAGUGGGAAUUUCAGUGGCGUCCCAGUUUCACAGUUCGUAGGAAUCAGUGGAGUCCAAGCUUUUCUUCACUCCUACUGCCACGACUUCUCUCUCACCACAGACUCUCAGAAGAGCAAUUUUGCCUUUCCAAAGGGUACAUCCUCUGAUAUUCUGCCAAGUCAGCAGCCUUGUGAAAUAAGGGAUCCUUUCCUCAGUGCUGAAGACACAAAACGUUUUAAUGGGGAUUCAGACAACAUCCAGGUGAGCUGUCUUUGUCUUUGGUGCAAAAUAGAAAUCAUGUUGUAG